GAGAGAGAGAGAGAGAGAGAGAGAGAGCUUCACGCUUGAGCGAGUUUUGGGCGCAGGGAGAGAGAGAGAGAGCAGUAGACGAAUGCAGCGGUGAAGGAGUGUGAGCGCGUGGAUGAAGUAAAGCUGAGAGGACUUCACUGGGUCACCACAUAGAACACACACACAGUCACUCACGCGUGCGUAGAGGAACCAACGAACACAGCGCGCGCUCUUUCGCACACCCGCACGCGCACGUACACUCGCUCACAGUCGCGCGCGGGAGAGCGGAGGCUCAAAGGCAUCGUAUAGAAGGCUUUGUUGAAUCGCGCCAAGUGCACUAAGACAAGGGCGAGCCGCAAUGGAGGAGAACAUGGAAGAAGGACAGACACAGAAAGGGUGCUCUGAGUGCUGUAUUAAAUGCCUGAGCGGGAUUCCCUAUGCCUCUCUCAUUGCCACCAUCCUGCUGUAUGCUGGUGUGGCGCUGUUCUGUGGCUGUGGUCAUGAAGCUCUCUCUGGCACCGUCACCAUCCUGCAGAACUACUUUGAAGUGGUCCGAUCACCAGUCGAUGCCCUGGAUGUCUUUACCAUGAUUGACAUUCUGAAGUAUGUGAUCUAUGGAGUGGCUGCAGCGUUUUUCGUCUAUGGGAUCCUGCUGAUGGUGGAGGGCUUUUUCACCACUGGUGCCAUCCGUGACUUGUAUGGAGAUUUCAAAAUCACCACCUGCGGCCGCUGUGUUAGUGCCUGGUUCAUCAUGUUGACCUAUGUCUUUAUGCUGGCCUGGCUUGGGGUCACCGCUUUCACCUCUCUGCCCGUCUUCAUGUACUUCAACAUCUGGAACACCUGCCAGAACACCACUCUGGUGGAGGGUGCCAACCUGUGCUUUGAUUUGCGCCAGUUUGGAAUCGUGACCACCAAUGAGGAGAAGAAAGUUUGCACAGGUUCGGAGAAGUUCUACAAGAUGUGCGAGUCUAAUGAGCUGGACCUGACAUUCCACUUGUUCGUGUGCGCUCUGGCGGGGGCAGGAGCAGCCGUCAUUGCCAUGGUGCACUACCUGAUGGUGCUGGCAGCUAACUGGGCCUACGUGAAGGACGCCUGCAGGAUGCAGAAAUAUGAGGACAUCAAGACCAAGGAGGAACAGGAGCUGCAUGAUAUCCACUCUACCCGCUCCAAAGAGCGCCUCAACGCUUACACAUAAACCACAUACACACUCUUACAAACACACACACACACAAACUCAUACACACAAACAUAGCCAAGCAUGCCCCCCCGUCCCUGAAGAACACACACACAAACACAUUCAUAUGUGUAAACAUGCUUAAUUACGUCUUUUAAAUUGAAUUUGAGUUGCAGGAUUAGGGAAUCAGGGAGGGUUCGGGGUGGAACAGGGGUUAAUUUUUUUUUUUUUAAAUUACGGGUGUGACGCAGAAUGUUGGUCAAGGGGAGUGAUGAUUAGCCCCAUGGCAACAUCUCUGACUACCCAUAACUCACCAGGAUUGAGACUUUAUUUCCACUACAUUUUAACAUCUUUAUUAUGUUCUUUCGUUCUUUAAUCUCUCUUCCUGUACCUUCCUUUUCACUUGUUUUUUCAAGCUCUUUUAAGACACAGACAGCACACCAUCCUACAGCACAUAAAAGAGUGACUUGUGUCUUUUUUCUUAUUUACACCACAUAACUCUCAUGGCCACCUUAGCUUUCUUGACACAAUUUUCCCACUUUCUCAACAUACCAAUCUUAAGUUACUCAAACAGGGCUCCACUUAUCGAAAGAACAAACCUUCCUUUUUAUUUUCAACCUUAAGAAACCAAAAUGUGACCAAACUUUGUAUGAUUUUACAGGUAAACUUUUCACAGCUGCCAAAACUUGGCAUCUUGCAACAGCAUUAAAAAACAAUGUACAGAUUCUUUUCCAGCAAAUUCUCUAUUGGUUGGGAGUGCCAGGGAUUUCAACACAGUACCAUAAAGUGACUUCUUACUACUGUUCUACUGUAGCUUGGCCUAACUCUGAAAUGUCUGCUAGCUGCUCUAAGUAAAUCAUGAAGCUGCAGCAUUGGUGCUUCGUCUCAAACUGUUCGUUAAGCUGUGAAGCGCAUAGUUGCUCUAGAAGUGGUAUGUCUUCAGGUGGGUUGUGGAGGAGGAGGAUGUGAGUAGAGGAAGUGAGGGAUUUUUUCCAAGACUGUCACCCUUUCUGAUCGACUGCCCAUUUAGGAUUUGCCUUGGAGAGACUCUGUAGAUAUCUUGAUUUUUCUCUCAUUCAUCACAAGCCAUAAUCUCAUUUGCAAAUAACAUUGUUCAUUUUUUUUGUUCCUUUUGCUUAGUUUUAGCUUUAACUUUUUAAAUGCAAGAUUUUUUGUCACUCCUCUGCACUGUAUAUAUAUAUACAUAUAUAUAUAACUCUAUAUAAAUGUAUACAUAUAUUUCACUUUGGUUUCAGGUCAUAUCUAAGAAGUUUAAAGAACAUGCACACUGACAUUUACACUCUUCAAGUGAAAGGUGCCACACAGGGUUCUUUCAGUGAUGCCAUAGAAGGACCACUUUUGGUUCCUUAAAGAAAUCUGACCAUUUAUAGGGUUUUAGAGCUUUUACAUUAUGCAGAAGAUCUUUCCAGUUUCUUUAAUCAGUCAAAUCUUCAUACAAGCAACUGUAUUUUAAUAUGCUCUACUCAAGAACCCAGGCAAGAGAAUAGGGAGAACAAAAAACACAUGCAAUAGUAAAACAUUGUGAGAGUGAAAUAAAGUAAAAUAAUAAAAAAAGAAUAAUUGUAAGUAAAAUGAAAUACAUAAAUUAGAAACACAAGCAAAAAUAUGAAUAACAGUUACCUUAAAAUCUUGUUUUGUUUCUAAAAAAGAUUCUCUAAACCAACAUCCAGUGAAUUUUCUUUAGGGUACCAAAUGUGGUUCUUCCAUUCUGUUGCAUAAAGAACCCUUUUCCUUUAUUUUUCAGAGUGUUGGUGAUACUCUUGAGAUCACUGCUGGGGAUAAAACAAAACAAAAAAAGUAUCCAGAUCUAAAUGGCAAGUCUAAUAAUUAGAACCACUGGUCCUGUUGCCAAAUUAAAAAAAAGAGAAAAAAAUGACAUACAAGGGUUUAAUUUACAGUUUGCCAAAAUAUUUCAUUUAAUGGCACAGAAUGUCCUAAAUGAAUAAAAACUUGAUAUAUAUAUAUACACUUUAUGUACUAUUCUUGAACAUGGACCAAACUCAAUCUUGCCUAUUUCAAUGUCCCUGAGUUUGCAGAAGUGUCUCAUGAUUCUGUUGCCUGACGAUAGAGGUUUUUGUCAGUGUUUCAAAAACAAACUUACACAAAUGAAGCUAGUAUUUUUUGUGCACUUAUUGACCAUUGUGAGCUCUUUCUCAGUGUAAGUGCAUUUGGAUUCAAGGCUGAAUCCCUGUACUGUUAUUAGUCAUACGGCAUUGGUUUUUAAACAGAAAAAAAAAGAAAACUGUAUUAGGUAAAGACAGUGAACAUAGCUGUUAUUUGUGGCAUGGUUAUGCAUUUAUGAUAAUAGUUUUAACUGACUCAAAGAAAAAAAAAUUAAAGGAAAAAAAAAGUCCUGCUUUAUUUUGAUUUUUACACAUUGUCUUGCUGAGGUCAGCUCUUUUUUUCCUCUUGCUAAGCUAACAGUAUUAAAAGCUAAAUAUCUUACUAGGUUGUAGUGUUUGAGUUUCGUCCUCUCUAGUUUGUAAUGAUUUUCAAAACCAUGUCUUAAAACAAAUGACUUGUUAUGAUGUUGCGUAUACAGUAUUAACCAGACGAUGCUUUAAGCUCGCCCUCUCUCUCUUUCUCUCUCUCUCUCUCUCUCUCUCUCUCUCUCUCUCUCUCCCUCCUCGUAUUAGUUUUUUGUACUUUCACUAAGAAUGCUUUGUAGCCGGCUGUAAAAUUAAUCAGUUUUGUACAUAAAUGUGCCAACAGCUUGACAGUGGCUUUUUUGUUUUUUUUGAACUGUAGGAACAAACUUGCUUGCGUAAAUAAAGACACUUGUGUACUUGUUAAUAAUUAA